AUGUUCGCCUCCCAUCUGCGCAACUUCACCUACCCCCACCACCUCAUCGACCUUGCCUUCCUGGUCUCCGACUCAAAGGACCGCACCCUACAGGUUCUCAACGAUAUGCUCGAGGAGAUUCAGGCUGACGAGGACCCCAAACAACCUUACGGCGAGAUCUCCAUCAUCGAAAAGGAUUUUGGACAAAAGGUCAACCAGGAUGUCGAGAGUCGUCACGGGUUCGCGGCACAGGCGAGCCGAAGGAAGUUGAUGGCCCAGGCCCGUAACUGGCUACUGAGUGCCGCCCUACGGCCAUACCAUUCCUGGGUGUACUGGCGCGACGUCGACGUCGAAACCGCCCCAUUCACCAUCCUCGAAGAUCUCAUGCGUCACAACAAGGACGUGAUUGUGCCAAAUGUUUGGCGGCCUUUGCCGGAUUGGCUCGGCGGAGAGCAGCCGUAUGAUCUCAACUCAUGGCAGGAAUCGGAAACGGCGCUAGCCCUCGCGGAUACUCUGGACGAAGAUGCCGUAAUUGUUGAAGGUUACGCCGAGUAUGCAACUUGGAGGCCGCAUCUGGCAUACCUGCGAGACCCAUAUGGCGACCCUGAUAUGGAGAUGGAGAUCGAUGGAGUGGGCGGCGUCAGUAUUCUUGCCAAGGCCAAGGUCUUCCGGUCUGGAGUACACUUCCCAGCUUUUAGUUUUGAGAAGCACGCCGAGACCGAAGGAUUUGGAAAGAUGGCGAAGCGCAUGGAAUACUCAGUUGUCGGUCUGCCGCACUACACGAUUUGGCAUCUUUACGAGCCUAGCGUUGACGAUAUCAAGCACAUGGAGGAAAUGGAGCAAGAGAGACUCGCUAGCCAAAAAGAGGAGGAAGAAAAGGCUGAGAAGGCGAAGAAGGUCAAAGAGCAGUUUGGCGAUGCUAGCAGCCAGUGGGAGAAGGACAAGACUGAUAUGCAAAACCUCGUCGUCGGAGAGAAGAAGAAAGAGACGAAGGGCACCAAGGAGGUCACCAAGGAGGGCAAAGAGGCCAAGUCGCCCAAGGAUGCCGACAGCAAGCAGGCGGAUACAAACAAGAAGCCCGCAGCAGCAGACAAGAAGGAUGCGCAAGGCAAGUCAGACAAGCCGGCAAAAAAGGAGAAGGAUGGAAACGGCGCAGCAUUCGCCAAGAAGGCUCAGAGUUGA